AUGGAUAUAUCCGCGACUUUCCAAGUUAUAGAACAUAAAUUUCUGGGUCAGCAUAUCCGCGAGUAUCCUAGAGCCACGGCUACCAGCCAAGAGGACCCGCUCUCUAUCAUAGCGAAGCAAUACGUGCCGUGGGAUAACAUCAACCCAUCCCCUGGGGAUAUAAGUAUCAUUUCCGCUCACGGCAACGGAAUACCAAAGGAGGUCUACGAGCCGUUAUGGGUGGAGAUCUACCAAGUAGCCAAGAAAGCGGGGCUGCAGUUACGAGGGAUAUGGAUAGCGGAUGCCGUCCACCAAGGUGCAAGCGGUGUCCUUAAUGAAAAAAAGCUAGGGAACGACCCUUCCGGGUUCGACCACUGUCGCGAUCUUAUUCUGAUGAUCAACCAACUGCGCGAGAAGCUUCCACGGCCUAUAUUCGGUAUAGGACACAGCAUGGGUGCAACCCAGUUGAUGAACAUAUCCCUCAUGCACCCCAGGAUCUUCCAAGGCCUCUGCUUGGUGGAACCAAUCGUGUUCCCAUACUCCGCAGACAAUCAAGGGAGAUAUCCUCCAGCGCAAGCAUCCAUGCGUCGCAGAGAGAGCUUCGACAGCCUAGGAACGGCAAUAUCACAGUUUCGGAACAGCUCUAGCUUCCGGAAAUGGGAUUCACGAGCAUUUGACAUGUGGAUUAAAUAUGGGCUCCGUCGUGCCCCUGGGGACCGCACAGGGGGAGUCAUCCUAACGACGACGAAGAGCCAAGAACUGUUUACUUUUCUUCGGCCAAUUUUUCUUUCAAACACCCCAGCAGACCGACGCCUGGCUUUCCCAGAUCUAUCAUUAGAAGCUCCUUCUGAUGUUCUCUUUUACCGCCCGGAGCCGGUGAUUACAUUUCACAACCUUCCACAUUUGCGGCCAUCGACACUAUACGUUUUCGGUGAUCUCUCGCAGCUUAUAAGCCGCCAACUGCAGGAGUCUAUUGUACACAGAACUGGAACUGGUCUUGGUGGAGGUGGAGGGUCUACAAAAGAUCAAGUCAAGUACACUGUCGUGCGAAAUACUGGGCACUUCGCGCCGAUGGAGGAUCCUAAGGCACUAGCCGAAAGGACUGUCGAUUGGCUCAAGGUAGAAGUUGAUCGGUGGGCUUUUCUGGAACCAUCAAGUCUUCUAACCUGUACUAGUGAAGUAAGUCAGGACUUCCUGAGCUCCUUGGCAGGCAGCCACCAGGUAGGCAAGCAAGACUGCCGCCAUCACAAGUUGUGA